AUGAGCUACCUCGACAUCCUCGGCUCCCGCAUGCUUGUCAUGUUCUCGCCACCCAUCACCAAGUCGUCGCCACCCAUGCUCGAGCCCCCGUCGCCCCCGGGUUCCCCGACAUCGUCUACGUCGUCCCUCCUGGCAAUCUCCACUCCGCCCCCCGUGGCCGUGUCCCUCCUCUCCAUCGUGUACGAUGAUGCUCACUGCGCGCACUUUCUCGCCAACCACGUCCUCACCAGCGCGGCCGUUCACCCGGAGACGUACGACGUCCACGACGCCGAGACCCGUCUGAUGACCGCGGCCGCCGAGGUGCUCGUCUGGCAGGAGAUUUCCCGUGCCAAGUCGUUUGCGCGUGACCUCGGCCUUCUGUUCACUCGCUCCGAGUGUGUCUGUGAAGAGGAUCUCGUGGAACUCGCUGCCUCCCACGGUCUCGGUCUCGCCCCGGGAAACAAGCGUGUGCGUGCCAGCCGUGAGCAUGAGGAGCCCAACCAUUUCCAUGCGGACCAUGUCGACGCCACCGCCGGCCUCCUCGCGUGA